AUGCAGUCCUUUGACGCGAAGCUCCGUACCUGGACAAGCCAUGUCAUCAGUGCUCUCACCGACAGGGUCGAGGUACGGGGCCUCUCUUUCGAGUCCUUCAAGGAGGUCAUGGGGUGCCUCUUCGACAUGAACCAGCAAGUGAGGUGGCAAUAUGGAUCGAUCGGAAAGGUCUUGGAGUGCAAGAAAGACAUACGGAAGAGCCGAGAGCUGUUCGAUCUCGGCGAGGAGUUCUUCCAGAUCUUUCGGUCCAUUUAUGGGCAGCAGGUCUUGAUGCUCCAGAAAUUGCAGCUUUGGAAGAGCAAGCUCGACAACAGGCUUAGAAUUGAUCGAAGAUGGAGUCAAGCCAACAAUUCAGCGUUGCGAUAUGCAUUUGUAUUCUCCCUAGUAAUUGCAUCACCAUUGCUUCACAAAACAAGUUUGAUGUACUGUAAUGCAGGCGCAUCCCUGCCUGAAGGAAGGUCUCGAGCGACAAGCACGAUCAUUGAGUUGGGUAGUGACCUGCAGAGCUGUGGUGCUGGGAGCUGGAACAGUAGGAUAGAGCUAAUGAAGGCGAUUCUCAUGAAACAUCAACCUGUUACGAAGAGCUUCAAAGUAUAG